AUGGCCGCUGAAGCAGAGGACCCCCACCUGGGCUCAGGUCCGGAUGACGACGGCGACGCACCAGGACCGGACUCGGACUCCGACAGCAUCCUGUCCGAUGACUCUGUGCUCCCUGACAGCUCAGUGGAGGCAGCAAACAGCAGUGCAGCCAACACUGUCUAUGAGGCGUGCGUCCGCAACGACUCGGCCGCUCUCCAGAAAGUUCUGGAGAGAGGGGUGACCAGGGAGGAGGUGAUGGAGCUGGACAUUAACGGAUGGAACGGCCUCAUGGUGGCUUGCUGCAAGGGUUUCCUUGACAUUGUGCAUGGGCUUCACACCUGCCCCUUCAUAGACAUAAAUCAUCAGGAUAAUGAAGGCAACACGGCACUAAUGAUUGCAUCUCAAGGAGGUCAUAUAUUCACAGUGAUGUAUCUCCUAAACUACUACCCAGGUGUUGACACUGAAAUAAGGGACUGCAGAGGAUUCACAGCCCUUAUCAAGGCUGCUAUGACUGGCCGCUGUGACGUCGUAGCUGCCCUUGUUAUGGCCGGGGCUGAUGUAAACGCAGUGGACUCCUUCCGGGGAAGGUGCGCUCGUGACUGGGCCCUGAAAACAGGUCGCUAUGAGACCUUCCACCGUCUCCGCCGCCUCACCAUGCGGCCGAGAGCCGAGCAGUUCUGCGAGAGCUACGUCCCAGAGUGGCCCGACCUCGUGGGCAGAGUGACCAGGGCGACGUCUCAGAAGACGUCUGCAGAGAAGAUCACACUGCGGAUUAAAAACACAUUUGGAUUCAGUUUUCCUCGUGACCCCCAGGAGAACGGGGUGAUGGACCACAUGGUGCGCAUGACCACCAGCAUCCACAGUCCGCUCGUUGUAACUGGUUGCCACCCUCUGCUGCCCACCAGCCCCCCCGAGGUGGGGAAGAGACGGCUCACGGUGGCGGAGCUGGUGAAGAAACAUCCACAGAAGGAUCUGGAAGGCAGCUCGGUGUGCCACAGCAACGGCUCGGUGUCGCACAUCACCCCCUGCAUCCACUCUGCAGACACAGUGGCCUCAGUGUGCUUCCCUGACACCGAGCGCAGAGGCAGCAUCCUGUCGGUGGCCUCCAACAAGGUGGCCACCGCCUUCAUCCCUCGAAGCAUGGCGAGACGCAACAGCGUGUUCCCCUCUGGGUGUAUCCCUCAGAUCAACGUGAACAAGCCUUCAGACCCAACGCCAAAGAAAGAGAAGAAGAAGAGGAAGAAAGAUAAGGGCUGCCUGGAGCCACCUACUUGGAAAUACAAGGAGCAUAAGGACGAGAAGAAAAAGGAGAAGAAAAACACAGAGAAAGACCAGGAAGGAAAAGGAAACAAAAAGGAUAAAGAGAGUAGAAAGACAAAAAAAUAAUGGUGGAAACAAAUAACUCCAAGGCUCUCUAAUCUGGAUAAUAACAAUAAUUCAUAAUUCACGCCCAAACAUGUCUGAAUUAGAUUUUUUUUUUUAUUUAAUGCUUCUAAAAGCAUUCUAGUGAAUGUUUUACUUUAUUUGUUUGGGAGUUUGGUCACGUUCAACUUCAUGCCCAUCUGAAGAAAAACAUCUAAAAUCAGCCCUGAAGCUCAGGGAGCAUUUCUUCCACACAGAUAUCAGUUUAGAAAUGUUUUGGCAAGAUUUUGUUUAACCUGAAGCUCUAAAAGUCACAAAAACACCUCAAAUGUACAAAAUAUUUAUAUUAAAUUUUAAACAGCGUAGCAAUAUUUCAACAUAGUUGGUAUCAGUAAAAACACCAGAGAUGCUUUUUUAUAAGAUGCAGCACAUAAAACCCAUAUUGAAUCAUUUCUUGACAGAUAUAGUGCCUAUAUUAUCACCCAUUCAAUAAAGCCAUAAGUCACAAAUCAGGUGUUUGUCUAUAUUUGUUGCUAUUUACAAUUCAAGGUCUACAUGUGGAAGCUAAAUUAU